AUGGCUGGAGGGUUCAACAUUGUCAACACACUUCUUUUUCCAGCGCCCGAGUCGAGUUAUGACUUGAAUACCUUUCCUGAAGAGGAGCUGAUUUGGUUGCCACGAAAUCUUGAUCCAGAUGACCCAGAUGUAGAGGCCAAUGUUCCAUGCCUAUUCAUGACCUCCAACUCAGCUCGAUUCAUUAUGCUGUAUUUGCACAGCAAUGCCGAGGAUCUUGGGCGUUGCUACAACUUUUGCAACAUGCUUCGUAUGCAAUUCCAGGUGAAUGUGCUUGCUGUAGAAUAUCCGGGCUAUGGAAUAUGUCCUGGUGGUCAGGCAGACGAAUUGUCGGUGACGGAGAAUGCGCGUUUAGCCUUCCGCUUUACCACAGAGGUGCUUCAAUUUCCAGCCGAGGAUAUCAUCAUUCUCGGUCGUUCAGUGGGCAGCGGGCCUGCUCUUCACCUAGCAGCCGAAGCACGAACCUACGGGGUCAUUCUGAUAUGUCCUUUCCUAUCUGUCAAAGAGGUAGUUCGGUGCCAUCUUGGCCGAGUUGCGGAUUUUAUCGAAGAGCGCUUCCCCAACAAGGAAAAGAUCAAGAACAUCUCGGGCUUUUUGUUGGUUGUUCAUGGAAAGAAGGAUACUGUUGUUCCCUGGACUCAUGGACAAGAGCUUUAUGACACAUGCACAUGCCGAAAGCGGUUGGUCACUCCAGAAGAUAUGACGCACAAUGCGAGUUUGCUUGCAGACCCUACAACUUUCAUUGUGCCGGUGCUGCAGUUUUUUGGACUUCCUGAUUACAACUUUGAACCACUAAGGAUCCCAAACUGGGUUUUUGAUGCAAGCCUUACCCCAACAAUUCUACGAACUGAGCGAAAGGCUGUCACUCCAAAAAGACUUGGAGCUACAUGCAAUGGACGCUCGGGGCUGAAGAGGGUGCACUCAAAGACAAUCACCUUCCCUACGUGCAGCAAGCAGUUUGAAAGCGAAGAGCAAGUCGAGACUUUCUUUUGUGCGAUUCGCACACCGUACCUGAAGUCUGAGUCUCAACAUAAAUGCUUGUGA